AUGGAAUCUUCUAAUAUCUUAAAGGCUGUAUUUGCUAGUGUUGUAGCGGGCGCAAAUACAAAAGUUCCAAGCACUAUAUCAAGCCUCGGAAUGGGCUCUGUGUCGCUGAGUAAAUAUAAUGGUGAGCAACUGCUCAUCGAGGUCGUCGAAGAAAAAGCGAAAUGGCUUAAACACCAUACAUUCUUGCGAUAUCCUGCGGAUAAGUGGAAGAAAAAUGGAUACUCCAUAAUGACAUGGGGUCAAUUUGCUGAUGCCAUCAACAAAGUAGCGCACUGGCUAGAUCAGCAGCUUGGAAAGUCAAUGGAUAAUGAGGCUGUUGCAUAUCUUGGACCUUCGAACGCAAGAUAUUCUAUUAUUCUCCCGGCUGCAAUCAAAACGAAUAGAAAGGAAGGCAUCAAAAAUCUAAUUGGCGAGAGCCAAUGCAAGGCUUGGAUCUAUGCAGAAGAUGAUGAAAAUCAGACGAAAGCACUCGGCAUUAGUGACAGAGGCCCAAAAUUGCUGACUUUCCCAUCACUUGAAUGGUGUUUGGACAGCGAGGGCCAUGAACGAUACCCAUAUGAUAAAAUAUACGAUCAGGCGAAGUUCGAAGAGAUCUUAUUCAUACAUACGUCGGGGACAACUACCAAUUCGCCAUAUGAACGGAUUUUACAGCAACUUCACAACUUACUACUAUUUCUCCCGAAACACUGGCCUCUUUGGAAAGACUAUGCUAACCUCGUACCCUCCUCAAUGGCUGGGGGCCUUCAUGCGUACAUCUUUGCACCAGCCUUUAAUGGUACUUCAAUCAUUCCACCUCAUGACGAGAUUGGCAUUUCGCCAGCCAUUUUCAAGAAAAUUAUACAGCUCAACCCAGUUGACGGUAUCCAAUGUCCCCCACAUGCGAUCGCCCAACUCUACAAUGAUCCGGAAACUCAACCCCUCCUGAAAUCUCUGAAAUAUAUUAUCUACCUGGGGGCGUCCCUUGGCCAAAGGAUUAGAGACGACCUCUACGAGCUAGUCAUUGAUCUAUCAAUGCGCCUUCUUCAAUGUCGCGUACAAGGAUUUUUCUCCGCUCGAAAGGACGACUUGACGAAGUUAGACUGGCUUGCUAAAUUUCACGCCCAGGAUAUCAAAACUCGUAUCAAACAACAUCCCGAUGUCCUAAAUGUUAUCGUUGGUGGAGAAGGACGGUCGGUGCCAUAUUUUAUCAUUGAAUCUCGAGACGGUGUGCUCGAUCGGAACUGCCUAGAUUCGGUAUUGGAUGAACUGUAUUCUGAUGCGAUUGUCCAGGCAAGCAAAGACGACAUCAAGGAAAUUAAGAUUGCAAAAAAAGACUAUACCCUUCUGAGGAAAGAAAUUGAGAAGGACUAUGUGGCAGAAAUUAAGGAUGCGUAUGAACGAUUUGGGAAGGCGAAGAACAGAUGA